AUGGAAGAGGAAGCUCGAAAACCAAUUGCUUACAGGCCUAGGGCAUUGGAUGGAGGCUAUGGCUGGGUGGUUGUUUUAGGUUCCUUUUUAAUUCACGUUUUUACUGACGGAUUUGUUUAUUCUUUUGGAGAAUUUGAUUCUUCCAAUACAGUUGUAUCAACUAUUCUUUCCCUUCUUACUGGGUUAAUGCUGGCUACUGGUCCGUUAGCCUCGGCAAUUUGUAAUCGAAUUGGAUGUAGAAUUACAACAAUUAUUGGAGCUAUUAUUGCUUCUUUUGGUUGUGCUAUUUCUUAUUUUGCCACCUCCAUGGCUUUUCUUAUUUUCUCUGUUGGGAUUGUGAUGGGGACUGGAUUUGGAUUAAUGUAUUGUCCGGCUAUUGUAAUUGUUACAAUAUAUUUUGAGAAAUAUCGAUCACUUGCUACAGGAGUAACAGUUUGUGGGGCAGGAGUUGGUACUUUUAUCUUCUCAAAAAUCAUUAGUAUUUUAAUUGUUCAAUUUGACUGGCGGACUGUUUUUAUAAUUUAUGCCGUCCUGGUACUUCUUUGUGUGCCUUGUGGUAUUCUUUACAGACCUGUUAAAUUUGUGCCAAUUUAUGAGGAUGAAGAAGAGUUGGAUGAAGAAAAGGGAAUUGUUGAAAUUGAAGAGGAAUCGGGAAUUGGGGUAGAUGAAGAGGGAAUUAAGCCAGAAAGUUAUCAAAAUGGAAAUGCCUUUCAAAAUAAUAUUCUAAGGCCAGCACAAUCACAACAAUUAAUAAAUAAAUUUUCAACAAAAACUAAUGGAGUAUUAAAUGGGAAUAUUUUGGGGGGAAAAGUAAAUGGAGGGGAAGGAUUUUUACAAAGAUUUCUUUCAAUUGGUGAUAGAUUAGAUGAUCGAGAUUGUGGAAAGGGUAGAGGGUCGAUUAGUGUUUCUACUGGAUUUUUGAAUGUGAGGGAUAUUUUCUACACAGGAAGUAUUGCCGAAUUGCCGGAAUACAAGGAAAAUAAAUUUAGAUUUAGAUCUGUCAGUUCUUUACAUUCACAUUCUUCCUUUAAUCGGUCUAAUGUUCCAAAUAUUUUACAGUCCCACCAAACAGAAAGGAUAGAAGAGGAGAAAGACGAGGAAGUUGAGGAUAGUAGUGAAUCUAAUGAAAAACAAAAGCAAAAACAAAUUAAUGGAAUUAAUUCUUGCCAUUUAUUGGCAUCGAAAAGUAUUUCAAGUGAAGAUGAUAGAAGCUCUUCGAGUAGGGCUAUUGAAAUUUGGAGAACGGUUAAACGAAUGCUUGAUCUUUCACUCUUAACUAAUCCAGUUUAUGUACUCUUUGGCAUAUCAAAUUUUUUGACAAGUAUUGGAUUUAAUGCUCCUCCAAUGUUUAUGCCAAUGAAUGCAGAAUUAGUUCUUGGUUGGGAUAAAAUCCAAGCAUCAACAACAAUUUCUGCUUAUGGAUUAGCUAAUAUUUUUGGAAGAAUUUCCUUUGGUCUUUUAUGUGACAGACAAUUACCUACAAAAUGGGGGAAAGACAAACCUAGAAAUCGGCUUUGGAUUUACAAUUUAACUUUAAUGUUUUGCGGGUUUAUUACUUGUUUUGUAUUUGCUAUCAAUUCUUUUUAUGCCUUUAUUGCUUAUUGUUUCUUUUAUGGAUUUACAAUUAGUUCUUAUGUUUGCCUUACAUCUGUGGUGCUUGUUGAUUUGGUUGGUGUUGACCGUUUAACAAAUGCCUUUGGCCUUCUUUUAUUUAUUCAAGGAAUUGCUACUUUUGAAAACUAUUUGAUUUAACAAAUCGUUAUGAUUGGACAUUUGCUUUGUGUGGAAUUUGCUUAUUUUUGUCUGGGGCAAUGCUUUUUGUUAUUCCUCGAUUCCGAAAUAAUGAAAAAUAUUUGAAUGAUAAAUGUUCUGUUUUGAGGAUUGAAAUGAAUGGAGGGGAUAAAUUAAUUUGUAAUAAAGGUGAGGAG